AAACCUAAAUAUAUUUUGUGGGUUUGAAAUGGAAUCCGCGCUAGAACGAAUAUGCAUCCCAGCCGGGGGGGAGAGACGCCAUGGCGUUGUUUACAUCCCGGGGCCCAGUAGCAGGAGAGAGAGUACUGUACAGGUAUACUACAGUAUAUUACUGAUGUCUAGCAAAACCCAGCAAAAAAGAAGUAUAUUUGAUGAUUCUGAUGAGCUGAGUGUCCCUAUGAAAAAAUCAAAGUUCGAGGCACAGAAAAAAAAUGGCAGCGAUUCCUCUAAAAAUUGUGGUAUUAGAAAAACACAUAAAACUACUGGGAGGAAAACAAAGUCAACAAAUGAUAAAAGUCCAACAGAAUCACCUCAGGAGUGUGAACCUUCUAAAACACCAGAGAAAGACCAGGAUGACUCGGUCGUUGUGGCGAAAAAAGACAAACUGGUAUUGAGUCCCGCACAACGCGCUCGGAUGGAACAAAACCGACAACAGGCGCUACUGAUAAGGCAGGACAAGAUAAACAGAAGAAAUCCUUAUGUGAAAAAUGAAGAGAAGAAGGACACGACAAAGGUACUGCAAAUAAAUAAUACCAAGUUGAUUGACACAGGAGCUGGAUUUUUCAUUGAGGAAAAUGGAGAGCUUUCCAAUGAUGACAUAUUGGCAGGUAUUAAGUUGGUCUACGAGCCAGGACCUCUGCUUGAGAUAGACCGUCCACACUGUCUGGAAUGUGAAAAGCCAUUCGAUAACUCUUUCCUCUUACAAAAUUUUGAUCAUCCAACAUGUGACAAGUGCAAAGAAUCAGAUGACAAACAUGCUCUUAUUCCAAAGACUGAUGCCAGGAAUGAGUACCUGUUGAAGGAUGUUGACAUUGAAAAACGAGAGCCACCAUUGAAAUAUAUUUUAAGGAAAAAUCCCCACAAUUCCAGAUGGGGCGACAUGAAACUCUAUCUAAAACUUCAGGUAGAGAAGCGAGCACUAGAGGUGUGGGGUUCUGAGGAAGCCAUAGAGUCAGCCAUGAAGAAGAAGGAAGAUCAGAGUGAGUUAAGGAAACAAAAGAGGUUCAAUAAGAAGAUGAAGGAACUAAGGAUGAAUGUAAGAAGCAGCUUGUACACCCGGGCCACCAAAAACCAUGAACACGAGUAUGAUGAAGAAGUCUACCUUCCCGAUGAAGACGAAUAUUCCCGCACCUGUAAAACUUGUGGUCACUCGUACACUUUUGAUAAAAUGUAAUGUGAUUUUUUUUUUUGUGCUCAGGAUGGGUUAAGUUUUGUAAAUUUAAUAAAUAAAAAUAGUAAUUAUACAAUAUUGAUCUAAUUUAUGGGAAAUGCAAAUUCAUGUAAAUUGAAUUUUGUACUGUAUAAGAUAUAAAUUACAGUAAACUUGUAUAGAGAGAGGUAUUGCAGUGUUACAGACCAUGGAUGUGUACAAUAAAUGUCCCAUACAGUAUCAAUGAAUUUUAUCUGGAAGUCACCAUCAUGCCAAGCUUCCAUUUGUAUCUUGAUUAUAUUUUGUUGUCAUAAAAAAAAAUGACCAGUAGAGGACAAUAGUUCUUGGACUCAACAAGCUAGAAUAAACCCAAACCAACAAUAUAGAGUUGAUGAGUUGUUUUACUUUACACAUAAAAAUACAGUACUGUAAUGGCCAAAGCCUUGGUUUGGUAUCAGUUAAGGAUACUUUACUAUACAUUUAGGUAAGGUUUACCUUUUAUGAAGCCAAACUCAAAUGACUUAACUUAUAUUUAAUGUGUAAAAUGUUUUCGAUGAGCACUAAGUUGGGACCAGUGAUUUCCCAGAUUCAAAAUACUGUACAAUAUACUGAGGGUGUGAAAGCCUCUUCUGAACCCCUCCACCAAGGGGAACAACUUUUACUCGUGUAUUUGGUUCACUCCAGAUGAUUUUAUUCAAGGGUUUAUAGAAGUACAUUACCGAUUCUUAAAUCAAGUAGGACUGUGUCAAAGAUGUAUGUCACCGUGAAUGUUUAACCUUUACCAUCCAAGGAUUCCCUCUCUAUGUGCAAAAUUGGAACACAGAAACAUGGAACUUCCACUAGUGAUGGCCGCCAUCCCUACAGCUAACUUUCACCGACGAUAGCCAACAUUUAAGGGUCAGUAUUUUCAUAUAGCUAGAAUAAUGAGACAUGAGUGAUGAACAGAUAUGCUAGUUUGGCAGUGGAUGGGAGGAAAGUGAGCAGCUGUUUAGAUGACACUACACUAGGGAGCAAUUUGGAAGAAAAGUUCCAAAUAUCAGCAAAUGAGUAUUGAAGGGUAGGUGUUGGAAGACUGUUAAGUAAAUGUGAAUCAAGGCGAUGGAAAUCAAGUAAAGAAGGGAGAUGGAGAAGUAAGUUGGCCUGCAUGUAGAUAUGACUGAGGGAAUAUUUCAGACAACUGGGACUGGAUGUGUCGACAAAUAAAACAUUGAGUCAUAUAUUCAACCAGUGAUUAGCAAGAGAGAAAGUAAUACUGUACUGUAGUUAACAUGAACUGAAAUCAGGCUGUGCAGAUUAGCAGUACUGUACCCAGCAGCCUAAACAAGUGAUUUUCAUGUCCUUGUGCCUGGCACAAGUUAAUAGUUUGAAAUGAAAAUACCCAGACAUAAAUUUGUCAGGAGCUGCGUCCUGUACAAUAGACAUUUAACCAGUGAAGUCUGUCAACUAACAAGGUGAUGGGUGGGGGACUGUUAUUGCGUCUGACCUAACUAUAUCAUGCUGUCACGACAGCUGUUUUCUGUUCCCACAAUGACCUGACCCAAUGAAGCCCAGGUGUGAGCUCCAAUCUCACUGACAUCACAGCAGAGCCCUCCUAUUUCGAUUGGUCUAUUCUCACAAAGACAUGACCAAAAAUUCUGUAAAAACAAAAAAAAAGGUCUCAAUGAUUGCUGUCAGCAGAGUUGUGUUACAAAUUGAAGUGAAAUCAACAUUAAGAAGCAAGAAAAUUUACUGGGUGAAGGUAUUUUAGGCUGAGAAGUAAGCAAAUUUCCUUAAAAAAAUUGUCAGGGAGAGUUUAAAAAAUAGCUUGGCAAGUAAAUUUGCAAUCCACUUGCCUGGGACAAGUAAAUAUUCCACAUAAUCUGCACAACAAAAGAAAACUGUGACAAAGUAGACAUAGAUAGGGUAUAAAUCAUGCAAGAGGAAGGAGCAAAGGUGGCAGAAAUGGCAAGACUGGGAACAAAUAGAAUGUGGAAAAAGAAAUUAAAUAAGAGAUGCAGAAGUGUUGGGUGGAGCAGUGUAGAGUACAGGGUUCCUGAGGAGGACGGGGAGUGAAACAAUGGUAAAAAGUGUACAGUACAUUAUUUAAGUUUGAGGCAGCUAGUGGUUUUGAGGACCAACAAGUAGAUGGAAAGAAAGUAAAGGAGUAGGAUAUUCAGAAAGCAGGAGUGUAUGAAUAAAAUGUAUUUACCUGUGUUCUUUAGAGUUAUUAUAAUUUAUGAUAUCUUUAUAUGUUGGGAUUAGUCCUCAAUAACAUAAAUACUGUAUCAUAAAGUAUUAAAAAAAAAGUCAUGUUUAA